AUGGAAGAAAGAUCAGAUUCUAUAGCGACCUCACAAUCAGGAAGUGAAAUGAGUCACAGUGAAGCCAAGAACAGGGUUGAAACGAAUACCAGGAAGAGAAAGUUUGCUUGUGUGGAAUGCAGACAGCAGAAAUCAAAAUGCGAUGCGCACGAAAGAGCACCAGAGCCAUGUACUAAAUGUGCUAAAAAGAAUGUCCCAUGCAUCUUAAAGAGAGAUUUUAGAAGAACUUACAAAAGAGCAAGAAAUGAGGCUAUCGAAAAAAGAUUUAAAGAGCUUACUAGAACUUUAACGAACUUAACUUCGGAUGAAAUUUUGAAGAGAAUUGAGGAAGAGCAAGAGAUUGUUUUGGAUAAUAGCAACUUUACGAAAGAAAAAGUAAAACAGCUGAGGAAAAGUGCCUUUGAGUCCACAGAUAUUGAAUCAAAAACUUUUAGAACAUUCCGGGGAGACCCGAUUGCUUAUAAUGCCAGAAAACAUAUAGAUUCUUCUCCCUUGACACUCUUAAGCUCGUCAACGAAUUUUGAUACUGCGCAGUCCAUAAACGUCAUGACAGAAGAACAACUAAAAUGCUUGCCUAAAAGUCUAGGCGAUAUCUAUUUGUCAAGCAGUGAUAUUGCUGAGCUAUUUCAAGAAUUUGCUACGAAAUAUCAUCAGUUUUUACCGGUAGUCGACCUGGCUAAAGGAGCUGAACGGAUCUAUAACUUAUCUCCAUGUUUAUUUUGGGUCAUCUUGCUUAUUGGAUUGAGGCGAAAAUUUGGAGCUACGGACUUAAUGACCAGGUUGUCUGUAUUGGUAAAAUCUGUGUUAUCAGAAAUUACCAUAUCUCCAAUCAUUCGAUAUACUCCUUCAGAUAAAGACGAACCCGUUCUAAACGUAGCAUCUGUGUACUCAGUGCAAGCAUUCCUUCUAUACACUUUUURGCCUCCGUUAACUUCUUCGUUAAGCGCCGAUACUUCGUGGAAUACCAUAGGAACAGCAAUGUUUCAAGCACUUCGAGUAGGCCUAAAUUGUGCAGGUUUUUCGAAAGAAUAUGCAUCUGCAAAUUCGGAAUUGGUCAACGAGCAAAUACGAACUUGGAUUUGCUGUAAUAUAGUCUCCCAAACAGUUGCAUCAUCAUUUGGGUUUCCAGCUUAUGUUUCCUUUGAUUAUUUAGUAAUAAGUUCUACCAGAGUGCCUAGUUCAAAAAGCCAAGUGGAUAUACCCAAUGAACUAAGGCAAAUGGCCCAAAUCGCUAGAUUUGAGAAUCAAAUUGUAAACACCAUGAACUCCACCCCAGCGAGUGCGACGGGGAUGGUAAGUCAAGAGGAGAAACAGCCCUUGUUGCAUGUGCUCAAUCAACAGCUAGGCCAAUUAGAGAUCAGUCUUGAAGAAAAUAACCUAGAUGAUAUACGGAAAUUUUUGUUACUAGUAGCGAAAGUUCACUUAUUAACAUAUUAUUUCACUGAUAUAACGUCUCAGGAUGCGGGGAAAUUUAAUGCUAAUAUCUAUGAGGGAUCGUAUUCCGUUAUGGAACUCGAUACAAGUUUUGAGACAAAGCGUGGAUUAGUCAAGGUCUAUAACGCUGCCGUAAAAUUUCUUAUACACGCUAAUAGGAUGUGGGAACAGGACCCGACCAUCAUCAAGUAUUUUCCAGGUUUAUUCGUCUUGAAUAUAUGGCAAUCUGCCUGUAUCAUUAGUAAACUCAUACAUUCAUCACUGCAUUCGAUGUUGGAUAUUAUUUCGGGCAAAAAGGCUUAUAACAAUGCGAUUUCAUUAACGUUUAAUGCCUCGGUUUUGAAAUAUGAUAUGGCAUAUAGAUCAUCCGGAAUAAUGCGAAGUAUAUGGAGUUUAUUUGCGAAUAUGUACGAUGCAUGGAAAAAUGAUCAAAGGGAAGGUGAGAAAAAACUGGAGGAUGAUUUCAAUUUAGGAAUCACCAUAAAAUCUAGGAUGUCGGUAAAUGUCUUUUUUGACUGCUUAUACAUUUUAAAGGAGAAAUGUGGUAUGGCCAAAUUAGAAAGAGACACCAAGAUUUCUACAGCAUACAACGUUGAUGAUGAGGAGGAAGAUGAGGAGGAAGAAGAAGAAGAAGAAGAGGGGGAAGAGGAGGAGGAGGAGGCACUAACUGGAAGUAUCCUGGAGGGUAUGGACAAUCAACAGUUAAGAACGAGAAAAUUCACUAAUGUACGGCAUCCAGAAAAGAAGGCGAGAAGAAUAAUUGAAACCAUUCCGUUGGAUCCGAACCCAAUCAAUGCAGGUUCUACUAGUAGCGGAAGCUCCUUAACAACUCCAAAUAGCCAAGUAGCAAACACUAUAUCAUAUAGAGGUAUCCUUAACAAAAUGUCCCCAAGAGAGCAGUUGAAUCACGCAAACUUAGAUUCCGGUGCUAUCACAGAUAUGAAGCAAAACGAAAUUAAUAAUGAACAUUUACCAAUAGCGACCGCUGUUGGACACUUAGCGAGUCAACCGCCUCAUCCAAUAACACAGAUUCAAGAAAAUGUUCAACAGAUGGCGCAGACCAACUCUUCUCUAUUAGAAACGCAUGCUGUGACUCAGACGAACCCUGUUUCAAGCGGAGAUAAAGAAUCCCCUAAUUCCAUUAUGGCGAAUUGGGACAACUGGGAAUCUGACAUGGUUUGGAGAGAUGUUGACAUUUUAAUGAACGAAUUUGCUUUCAAUCCUAAGGUUUGA